UAUUGGCUUUCACCCAUGAGUUUGGUUCUAGACGCCCUCGUCGUCUCCAGCGCUUGGACACAUGUUCUACUUGCUCCCUACACAAAGGUCGAAGAGAGCUUCAACCUUCAUGCCGUUCAUGAUGUCCUGAUGUACGGAAUUUCUCCCUCCGCACUUCCCAACUACGACCACUUUGCCUUUCCUGGUUCUGUACCCAGAACAUUCAUCGGGAGCGUCUUGCUUGCUUGGCUGGCGAAGCCUUUCAUCUACAUUGCUGCGACCUUUGAUUUACUCCCAUCCAAAUUCGAGAUCCAGGUUAUCGUCCGUCUCGUCUUGGCUACUAUCAAUGCUAUUGGGCUAUGUUUUAUUCGACACGCAGUAUCCCGACGAUUUGGCCGCCCCACGGGCUUCUACUACACGUUGCUCACUUGCUCGCAAUUCCAUGUGCCAUUUUGGAUGGGUAGAACCAUUCCGAACAUGCUUGCAUUCCUUCCUGUCAAUCUAUCUGCGUAUUUGCUCCUCGACCGCGCCCCUAACACCAUAAGGCCGUCCGAGAGAAGCGUCACCGCGUCCAUCGCGCUCUUGGUUUCUUCCGCUGUAAUUUUCCGAGCAGAGAUAGCGGCUCUUGGCGCCGCCCUCAUUCUACAAUCGUGGUAUGCAGGGCACAUAUCAUUCAAACGAGCUUUUGUGGUCGGAGCAGUUUCGUCCAUGGCAUCUAUUGCAUUGACAAUGCUUGUUGAUUCCUACUUUUGGAAACAACCCUACCUUUGGCCGGAGUUCCACAGUAUUUACUUCAAUGUUGUCGAAGGCAAGAGCGUUGAAUGGGGUGUAUCGCCUAUCCACUCUUACUUGACUUCACAUCUACCUAAACUACUCCUUUCGGCCCUCCCAUUGUCGUUGUUUGCAGUGUUCUCGUCUGGAUCCAGACGGCUUCUACCCCUCAUCUUUCCAGCAGCCGUACUAACAACCGCUAUGAGCGCCAUCGGUCACAAAGAAUGGCGAUUUGUCGUCUAUGUUGUGCCCACAAUAAACGUUGUCGCUGCGCGAGGACUCAGUGUGAUGGUAUCCCGACGAAAAUCGUCCCUUAUUGGCCGUAUUCUAUUCAUCGGCGCCUUUGGAGCCAUUCUCUGCAACUUCGCACUCACUUUGUUGAUGACUUUUGCGAGUAUUAAGAACUAUCCAGGAGGCCAUGCGAUGAGCGUCCUCAACUCUAUUUCUUCAAGCCCAUCGCCCGUUCGCGCUCACAUCUGCAACCUCGCUUUACAAAGCGGGGCUUCCCUUUUCACCCAUAUCCACUCUCCUCCAUACCCUCCAUAUCUUCCUUCGGCUGGCCAUUGGGUAUACGAUAAAACCGAUGCACCCACAUCAUACUCCAACUUUACGCAUCUCAUCACGGAGUCGUCGACAGCGCCAUCGGAUUCAAACAAUGGUGCCUUUGGAUUCUUGUCUCGCAAAAAGGACAAAGAAACUUGGGCGACAAUCGGCGAUGUCUCGGCGUUCGAGAGGUGGGCGCUUGAUGCUGGACGGCUGACGCGGUCGACCGGGGAGGGGGGGGAGGUAGUUGGAAUUGUGGAUCGGGUACAGAGCAUGUUGACUCUGCAAGAGAAGACGCGAUUAUGGGUCCUUGAACGAGGUCAGGGCAAGUGA